CAACCCUGAACCUAACCAUUUUAAAUGUCAACUUCAAAGAAGUAGGGACGUCCCAAGGAUCACAGAUAGGACGGACCGUUCUAUCACGUAACCACAGUCAGUGGAAGUCUUCUCAUUUUUAGCGAAAGAUGGCGGCGUUGGUGGUCCCUCGCCUCGCCGCGUUUGGUAACGUUUCAUCAAGACCCAUUUCAGUAUUUGCGAUACAACAGAGGUCGCUACACCACAUUGCUAAAAGCGACAAUGCUACAAGUGUGGUUCCAGUCAGAGAGAAAAGCACAGCGGUAGCUGCUGCCAAGCCCGCUGCAGUAGCAAGCAGCAAGGGAGAAUAUGUCAUCACUAAACUGGAUGAUCUGGUGAACUGGGCACGCAGAGUAAGUUAGGGCUCAGAUUCAAUGCCACACAAUAUCUCUGUUUUGCAGUGGCAUAUGGUACCUUUUGUAUGUUUUGAGUGUCAAUUUGGCUUUUAUAAAACUUUUAUCAAACUCCAAAAGAGUUUUUGUAAAUGUUUUUGUCCCCAAUUUCGUGGUAUCCAAUUGGUAGUUAGUCUUGUCUCAU